AAAAAUAUUAAAAUGAGUGCAACAAAUGAUAAAAAAGUUGUGAUAAACAAGCGUUUAAAAGGCCUGCCCCGCGAGUCCCUGGAAAAGCUGAGCCAAACGGAGCUGAUCGACAAGAUUGUCCAGCUGGAGGCCUACAACUUUCAGCUGCGAAACCUGUUGCAGAAAAAACUAACCGACCAGGACAGAAACGAUGAGGAAUAUGCGGUGUUACUCGGAAAGGAUGCAGAUUCGGAGAGGGUCUCCAAGGAGGAGAGGGUGUCCGGCAAGUCGCAGAAACAACGUAAGUUUGACUGGAGCAGUGCACAUCGUCGACAUGUGCUGCUCAAGAUCACCUACUUUGGCUGGGAUUAUCAGGGAUUUGCCUGCCAGGAGGACUCUAACGAUACCAUAGAAUCCCACUUGUUUCGGGCUCUGACACGCACGUGUCUCAUCGAGUCAAGAAGCAGUGCCAACUAUCACCGUUGCGGACGCACCGACAAGGAGGUGAGUGCCUUCUGCCAGGUCAUCUCCAUUGACCUGAGGAGCAAGCACUCACCGGAAAGCCAACUCGAAGCCGCAGCACUCGCAUCCGAAAUCGACUAUUGUGGACUGCUGAAUCGCGUGCUGCCCAAGAAUAUCCAGUGCGUGGCUUGGAUGCCACUUCGUAGUCCAGUUUAUAGUGCUCGCUUUGACUGCGUUUCGCGCUGCUAUCGUUACUACUUUCCCAGGGGUGACCUGGACCUGGUGGCCAUGCAGGCGGCUUGCGAUCUCCUCGUUCGCCAUGCGGAUUUCAGGAAUUUCUGCAAGAUGGAUGUGCACAACGGGGUCACAAACUACAUGCGGAACCUGCAAUCCGCCAGGGUGGCAGCUGCUGACUCCGAGAGGCAUCUAACCAAUUCAGGCUAUGACAUGUACUACCUGGAAAUCCAAGCCAAUGCCUUCCUCUGGCACCAGAUACGCUGCAUCAUGGCUGUCCUGCUACUAGUUGGCCAGCGGAAGGAGCAACCCAGCGUAAUCACUGAACUUCUCGAUGUGGACUCAAAUCCCUGCAAGCCGCAAUACACGCCCGCCAUUGGUUUGCCCCUGAAUCUAUUUCGCUGCGAUUUUCGGCCUACAACCACAAGGAGUGCCAACCAUCCGGCAGCUGGUGGCGCAACAGAGGCGGAAGACGAUGCCAUGGACAUAUCUGCCACAGAAAAUGAACCCCCCAGUGAGUCUAGCGACCUCACCGAAUGGAUUUACAGCGAGGAGAACCUGCAGAAGCUCAUUGAGAACACGCAAUGCGAGUGGACGCAGUUCAGCGUAAAGAGCACCAUGAUACGGAAUGUUCUCCAGCAGCUAGAGAAUCUCCUGGAGGAGAACUUCCAGACGAAAGAGAAGGUUCAGGAGCAAGUAAUUCUCCUACAGGAUUCAGUGAAGCCGCGUCAAUAUCAGCCUCUGCUGGAACGCAAGCGAUGCGAGAGCCUGGAGAACCGUAUAGAGCAUUUUGUAAAGAAGCAACGACUGAUUGUCAAGGAAGAUGACCAGAAAACAGCGUGACUUUGGAUUUAAGUUUGAACAAGAAAUAAAGAUAAGUUCGGUAAGCCGAUGUUCUUAUAAAACUUGUAAGAAGCCUUUUAAAAAUUAUAAAAAUUAAGUAACAAA